CACGUGACCAGGGCGCGGGGAUUCCGAACGGCGGAGCGGGAGGCACCUCAGGGAGCCAUGCCCAGGAUCACUCUGAACGGGAUCACGGUGGAUUUCCCCUUCCAGCCCUACCCAUGCCAGAAAGCCUACAUGUCCAAGGUGCUGGAAUGCCUGCAGAAGAAGGUAAAUGGCAUUUUGGAGAGCCCUACAGGCACAGGAAAGACCCUCUGCCUGCUGUGUUCCACCCUGGCCUGGCGGGAGCACUUUAAGGACACCAUCUCAGCCCAGAAAAUUGCCCAGCGCAUGAAGGGGUUGGAGCUCUUUCCUGACAGACYUCUGUCCUCCUGGGGUGCUGCUGCCACAGAUGGAGAUGUCCCAACCUAUUACAGUGACAUUCCAAAAAUAAUUUAUGCCUCCAGAACUCACUCCCAGCUCACACAGGUCAUUAAYGAGCUAAAGAACACAGUGUACAGGCCAAAGAUCUGYGUGCUGGGAUCCAGGGAGCAGCUCUGCAUCAAUCCUGAAGUGAAGCGACAGGAGAGCAACCACAUGCAGAUCUACAUGUGCCGAACRAAAGUGAUGGCUCGUUCUUGUCAUUUCUAUUACAAUGUGGAAGAAAAGAGUACAGACAAAGAACUGAUGGAAUCAAUCAUGGAUAUUGAAGACUUGGUUAAGAAUGGAAGCAARCACAGAACUUGUCCUUAUUAUCUCUCUCGAAGCCUGAAGCAGCAAGCAGACAUUAUCUUUACRCCUUACAACUAUUUAUUAGACUCAAAGAGCAGGAAAUCACACAACUUGGAUCUGAAGGGAACUGUGUUAAUACUUGAUGAAGCUCACAAUGUGGAGAAGUUGUGUGAGGAGUCCACUUCUUUUGACUUGACUCCCUAUGAYUUGGCUUCAGCAAUGGAUGCAAUAAAUGUUGUCCUGGAGGAACAAGCCAAAGUGGUACAACAGAAUGAAAUCAAUGCUGAAUUCAACAUGGAGUUGACCAGUUCAGGACUAAGCAUGGAACUGGAAGAUAUAGCAAAGAUCAAGAAAAUUCUUCUUCAGCUUGAAAGUGCUAUUGAUGCAGUGGAGCUGCCACCAAGUAGGAGUGGAGUCACCAAAGAGGGAAGCUACAUCUUUGAUCUGUUUGCAAAGGCCCAAAUAACAUUCCAGACCAAAUCCUUCCUCUUGGAGUCACUGGAGCAGAUUUUACAGUUUCUUUCAAACCGUACUGGGGUAUUUAUCAAUACAUCUGGAUUGCAUAAGCUCUCAAAUAUUAUCCAGACAGUGUUCAGCAUCGAUCCCCCAGAAGGAGGCACAACAGGGUUCCUGCCACCUCAGGCAAUAUCUAAAUAUUACAAGGUACAUAUUCAUGUGGACAACGAUAAUCAGAAAAAGAAACAAAAGACAGAUCUCUGGAAUUCAUCAUCUUCAACGAAACAAGGGAAGACUUUAAGCUAUUGGUGUUUCAGCCCUGGGCACAGCAUGCACGAGCUCGUUCGACAGGGAGUCAGGACAAUCAUCCUCACCAGCGGGACGCUCUCCCCCCUCUCAUCAUUUACAAUGGAAAUGCAGAUCCCUUUUCCUGUUUGCUUAGAAAAUCCUCAUGUAAUCGAUAAACACCAGCUCUGGGUUGGGAUCAUCCCAAAGGGACCUGAUGGAGCUGUGCUCUCUUCCACCUAUGAAAGAAGGUUUUCAGAGGAUUAUUUAUCUUCUCUGGGGAAAACAAUUGGUAACCUCGUGCGAGUUGUGCCCCAUGGGCUCUUGGUGUUCUUCCCAUCGUAUCCUGUCAUGGAUAAGAGCCUGGAAUAUUGGAGAGGGCAUGAUUUUGCCAAAAGAAUAGAAGAAGUGAAGCCAAUGUUUGUGGAACCCAGGAACAAAGGAAGCUUUUCAGAGGUUAUUAAUGCCUACUAUGAUAAAGUCACCUGUCCUAAGUCCAAUGGAGCUGCAUUUUUGGCAGUGUGUCGGGGCAAGGCCAGUGAAGGCUUGGACUUUGCAGACAUAAAUGGACGAGGAGUCAUCAUUACUGGGCUUCCAUUUCCCCCUCGAAUGGACCCCAGAGUAAAUUUAAAGAUGCAGUUCCUGGAUGAGAUGAAGAAAAGUGGUGCAGGUGCACAGUAUCUGUCAGGGCGUGAGUGGUACAGUCAGCAAGCAUCCAGGGCAGUCAACCAGGCCAUCGGCCGGGUCAUCAGACACCGCCAGGACUAUGGGGCCAUCUUCCUGUGUGACCACAGGUUCACAGCUUGUGAUGUCAAAAGCAAACUGCCUUCGUGGGUCCGUCCCUACGUGAACRUUUAUGACAACUUUGGGCAUGCGGUCAAAAGUGUCUCCCUCUUCUUCCGUGUUGCUCAAGACAUUAUGCCCCAACCCCUGCCUCAGUGCCCUCCUGGACAUACUGAUUCCUUAAGUGAAAGCACUGCAGCACCAUCUACUUCAUCUGAGCAGACACUCUCCCUGAAAAAGGCAAAAAACUUGGAUGACCAUGUUCCUAGUUUGAAGAGGAAAAGGGAAGUAAAUGGAGAUGGAGCACCCAGCCUGUGUGUGGAAUAUGAACAAGAGUUUGUUUCACCUCGAAGAAAAUGUGUUGGGCUCUUGGAUGCCUUGGAGCGCACUGAGAAGAGAAGUAAAGAUGCAGAGGAGGAAACUGAAUUGCCAGGAGAGGAAGAGGCACAUCAUCUGUCCACKCUUUCCCUUCAGUAUGAGAAGAGAUUAACAGAUGAGCAGAAAGGAGGAAGGAAGAAAAUAAAGCUAGUCAGCAAUACAAAGGACAGGGGAGCAAAACCAGAAGAGCCCAAGAAGGAGAGGGCCAUUUACUACAUCACCACGGUGAAGAGAACCCUGAGCCAGCAGAACUAYGACCUCUUCUCAAAGGCUCUGCAGCAGUACAAGGAGACAGAUGACUUCCAUGCCAUGCUGUCCCAACUGAGCUCCCUCUUCACAGAGGAUGAAAACAAGCACAUCUUUCUGCGAGACUUUUACCAGUUUGUUCGACCCCAGCAUAAAAAGCAGUUUGAUGAAGCGUGCUGCAAUCUGACUGGAGUGGGCUGUGGCUACAAACCUGAGCACAGCCUGCCAAGGGAGGAGAGGGAGAGCCUGGCCCAGAAAAMGGAAGUAAAACAGAGCCAACAGAAAAGUACAAUCUCCAAGGCCUCGUGUGCUCAGCUGAACCCUGGGCUCCACCUGAACCAAGGAGGAUCCCACUUGGCAAAAGGACUGAACAGUGCAGGGCAGAAUGCCACUGCAGCUCCAAGGAAAGAGGCUGAAAAGGCCCCAGGCUCCAGCAAGGAGCAUCACCAGGCCCUCAAGACUGCCUAUCUCAGUGAUGUGCAAAAAGCUUUGGACAAAAAUGCUUACAGCCAGUUCUGCAAGGCUCUCCUGGCGUACAAGAAGACGGGUAAUUACGACGCGAUGGUGUCGGUGAUAGCAKCCCUCACCACCGAGAGGCCACAGGACUUUCAUCUCCUACAAAGGUUUUACAUGUUUGUGCGUCCUCAGCACAAAGAGCAGUUCAAAGAGCUGUGUAAGAAUUUGACUGGAAUGGACUGUGGUGAUGGGGAGAAGCAAGUGCAAGAGCCAGAGAAAAGUGAAGAGAAACCCCAGAGCUCGGAGAGCCACGCAAAAGGAAUCAGCCACGUACAAGAUGCAGCCACUUCUAAGAAUGGGGCACCAGAGAAAAUUCAGAGCAAGAUUUCAUCCUUCUGCUUUAGUCAGAAAAGUGAACUUGAGCUGCCAAAGACUAAGGUGUCCAAAGAGACUGAUUCCAUGAAAGCAUCCACAGACUCUGGGGUCAUGCCCCUCUUUCCCUUAGAGCUGGAACCAGAGUGUGGAAGAUUCCUGUGCUCUAACUGCAAAUCCGAGGAUGAUGUGCCUUCUAAAUGCCCAUUUUGUGACUUCAUAUGCUGCAAAACAUGCUGGGAACGGUUCUUGAAGGUGGUGAAGAAGUGCCCCAAGUGUGACAGUGAUGUGAAGAAGAAGCGAGUAAUCCAAGCUUUCUUYUGGUCAUGAUCCCAGCCACAGAAAGGGCAGGAAGCCCUUUGUGCCAGCAGAAGGCAGUGGCUGUGCUCUGGCUGAGCAGGAGCAGGAUGGAGUUUCCUUUAAAUUUCAGUGAUUCUUGCCUCUGGAUUACAAGCUCAGCACCAACAUGGAUUGUUUUCUGACAAAGAUGAUCAAAUCUGAAAGGUCUCACUGCAGGAGACAAAGCAAAACAUUGUCCUCUGUUGGAACUAAGAAUGUUAAUUUUUUACUUACUUAAUCCUGUGAGUCCUCCUGUGGCCAGUCUUAGGCUGAAAUUUUAUAUCCUGGAGGCAGCUGUCAUUUAUGGGCCGUUUAUGUAAUACCAGCUCCUGGAAAAACCCCAGGAAUGCCACUACAAUGGAACUGAGCUGCCUAAGGAGGGCAAACUACCAUCCCUGCCACACUGGUGUUCCUGGAAAAGGUGAUUCACAUGCACUGUUUGGGGUUGGCAGCAGCCACUGUCUCCAGUAGCAGAAGAUGCUGAAAGGAUCAUUUUUUACAGAUGAAUUCCAGUGGUGGAUGGUGAGCAAAAGCUCCAUCUCAUGUGCUCUGCACCCCAAAGCCUGAUUCCAUCAUCCAUCGUGGUGGGAUUUUUUUGGAACAUGCUUCUAAGGAGUCUUUAUUCUUCACUCAAAGCUGGUAUUUCCAUGGGCCUGUGUUAUCUGAUUUGCUAUCCAAGAAGAAAAAGGAACUAAAUGAUGGAAAACUUCAAACUAAAAAAAAUUCUAUCCACUCUCUGUGAGUAGUGGGUAUAAGUGGUUAACCUAAAAAAUUGUAUCUAUUUUAAGCCUUCCAUAGCUACUGUAAAUUAGACUUAAAAUAAAACCUUUUUGUCUAAAUUGCAUCUGGUUUGAUUUCAAGAAAGGAAUUUAGAAAAAARAUAUAAAAAUAUUGGAUAUUGAGCCCUAAUGGUCCUGGUACGAACAAGUGGAAAGGUUAUACCCUGCAGGUUAUUUUCAUAUCAAUACAAUUUGGAAAAUUUUGUUAAUAAAAUUUUAUCCUUAAUUGAUAAAAUUGAAAAGUGAGCUGCAUUUUAAUAAAGGUUCAUAUUUCCCCCGGUUGUAGAAUUCAAACCCAGUGUCAUUUCAAAUCUCAGA